UACAGUAUUUCCGGUCGGACUCGGCAGGCAGGCUCAGCUCUCGCCGGGUCUGUGAUGGAUUGAGAGGUACGAGGCCUGAGGAAUUACCAUUUAUUUUUUGCAUUUUAAAAACACCAUCCCUGUCUGGAUAGAUAGUGGUGGGGAUGCGGCAUCGAAAUGGGAAAUCUUUUCGGGAAAAAGAAAGUAACUCGGGUAACCGAGCACGACAGAGCUGUGCUGCAACUGAAGCAGCAGAGAGAUAAACUGAGGCAGUAUCAAAAGAAGAUCACUCUACAUAUGGAAAAAGAGAGACAGCUGGCCAAACAGUUGGUAAAAGAUGGAAAGAAAGAAAAAGCACUCCUGCUCCUGAAAAAGAAACGCUACCAGGACCAGUUGCUGGACAAGACAGAAAAUCAAAUAAGCAACUUGGAGCGGAUGGUCCAAGAUAUUGAAUUUGCACAAAUAGAGAUGAAAGUCAUUGAAGGACUGAAAGUUGGCAACGAUUGCCUGAAGAAAAUGCACGAGGUGCUGUCAAUAGAAGAGGUAGAGAGGAUUAUGGAUGAAACACAUGAUGCCAUUGAGUAUCAAAAGCAAAUUGAUGAGAUUCUGGCAGGAUCUCUGAACCAGGAGGAUGAAGACGCUGUGCUCGCAGAGCUGGAGGCCAUUACUCAGGGAGAAGCUGACCUUGAACUUCCUGAGGUACCUGGAGAAGAACUGCCAGAUGUUCCAGAGCAAGAACCAGUGCGGGAGAAGGAACGGGUGAAGAAGAAGGCAGAGCGAGAGAUGCUGGCUGCGUAAAUGCAGAUCUGUCCUCCUGCCAUCUGUCACAUCUCCACAUCUUUUCUAUAGCCGUUUCACUGGAGAUCUCAGUGGGGCGAUCCGAAGACCCCCACUUAGAUGUUAAAGCCUACAACCAUGGCAUUUUGUUUUUAAUUGUACAUACAAAAGCAUAGAUGAUACUGAAGAUCAUUAUUUAAUAGUGCCUGGUCUUUAUAAUCACCCUACAGUUUUGUCCUUCUUUCAAUUAAACUGCGAAGGCUUGUCGUGGUAAGCCUGUAACUUUCUAAUGCAUGCAUUGCUUUUACAAUAACCUGUGACAUUAUGCCCAAGCUUUAGUGUCUCAAACCUAGAUUCAGGUCUACAUGUUGACAUCCAGAACACAAAGCCUGUCGAGAAUAAGGCAAUAUAAAUACAGUUUUAGAAUAAAAACAAAUGCUGACUUAUUGGUGAAUAGACAUAUCUUCAAGGGUAAAUACAGAUUUAACACAGCGGUAACACAUGUAGCGCAAUCAAACCGGGCAUCACAAAUCUGCAAACCUGUAUGUAAUACAAAUUGGUAUUACAUGUAAAUGUACUGAAAUCCUGUAAAGACUCCUUUGUACACAAUGCUCUUCAACGUUUGUCUAUUCCUCAAAAAAAAAUCAUCCAGUGCAGUUUCAAAUGAUUACAGUAUGAUUCAUAGAGACUGUUUGGUUUUUCUUAAGUAUGUAUGUACAAAGGAUUUGAUGUGUACAAGCAAAGCUAAUGACAUUGGCUUCGUAAAUAGUGUUUUUUGUCCAGUUUUGACUCCCUGAUUUGGUUAUUCUUAGAGCUUAUCUUUUACUACACUUAUUACUGUACUGCGUUUUUAUUCUUUAGUAAGACAAUUGGCUUAUGGUCUGUCAUCCUCUUUUCAUGUUGUUAUUCUGCACCAAUAAAUUUUAUUUUGAUCAUU